GCAAGAAAGAACAUCAGUUCCAGUUCAGUCGAGGUGAGUUAGGGUUUAUGUCGGAGAGAACCAGAGAAGUUCUUCCAAAGAUCUAAUUAAUUAAGUUCGGUUAAGUGAGCUCACGCGUCAUGAUCACAUCUGUUUCCUCAGUACUGGUGCUAAUGGGGGUAUGAUUAACAUUUUUCUUAUACCAAUUGGUCUUAGAUUUGAUAGGUUGAAUUCGCAGGAAAAAGGAGAUGGAUAGUUCUACUGCUGAUGAAGAAGAUGUUCUGGUUUCACCAUUCGAUUAUUCUACUGAGAAUCAUUUCAGAGCAAUGGAUAAAAUAUCUGAGCUCUGUGGGGAAGAACCUUUGUGUGUGGAUGCCCCAGAAGAGUCAUCAGUCACUUUUGUAAGGCAGUGGGAGGAUUUUCGUUAUGUACCAAGAACAAUUAAAUUCGUUCGCGAAACUGAAAGCCAGCAAGGAAAAAAUGUCAGUAAUGAUGUAAACUUACCUCAGUUUUCUGCUGCUUCUGUUCCCAAGAUGGACCAGGUGUCUAGUGAUGCAAAUUCUUCAAAACCUCGGAAAGAUUUUGUGUUAUAUGUUGGAGGACAUGUUUGGGCGUUGGAUUGGUGUCCUAGAGUUCAUCAAAAAUCCGAUUGUGAUAUCAAGUGUGAGUAUCUUGCUGUAUCUGCUCAUCCACCAGAAUCUUCUUAUCACAAGAUAGGUGCUUCAUUGACGGGCAGAGGUGUGAUUCAAAUAUGGUGUGUUUUGAAUGUUAGUGGGAAAGAGGAAGAUUUGCCUCCAUUGACCAAGAAAAAAGGUAAACUAGGAAGGCCAAGAAAGCAAAUAGUCACUGAGGAAUCUUCGUCACUUGUAAAGAAGCCAAGAGGUAGACCAAGAAAGACAACAAUUACAAAGCCAUUGAAGAAGGCAAAAGGAAGACCAAGAAAGACCCCGAUCAUUGAGGACCUUAGUCUUUCAGAGGACAGUGACGAGGUGUUUCUGGAUUCUCAAACGGACGAGGAAACUGACCAAGCUUCACCGCCUCGGAGAAAGAGAAGAGGAAGACAGAGAAAGGAAGCGGUUAUGGAGGAAUCUGUUGCUGGUGCAGAUGGCGAUAGUCAGAUAACUCAAGCUCUUGCUAUUCCGACAGAGAAUCCAACAGAGAAAACAGUCCCACCAUUGAAGGUUUAUCAACGGGCAAAAUGGAGAACGGAUAAGAAACCAGUGUCUAAGGAAUCUGUGAAGAAUAUAGAUGUCAAUAACCAGAUUGCUGGGGCACUUGGAGUUCUGAUUGAAAAGUGUACGGGCAUAACAUCUUUACCUUUGAAUAAAACAAAAAUAACCUCUUCACCUUUGAAUAAAACAAAAAGGAAACUGAGAAGGAAAACAGUUACUGAGGAUUCUAUUGGUGACUUAGACAGUGGUAGCAUGUUAUCUCUGGCACUUGUUCCAUCAGACAAGGCGACUGACAGAACUUCACCACCGUCGACAAGGACUAACUUAAGAUCUAGAAGAACCAAAAGUAGAACUUCAAAUAAUUUGGCCAGAGAAAAAAGAAGUGCUCUAACUUCUGAUGAUGAAUUAUUAGAUGAACCUCCUGGGAUGUUAACUAAUUUUGGGGCAAAGAGGCAUAAUGAUGGAGAAGCGGAACUGAAAUUCGCUGAAACUAAUAUUGAGUUACAGGAAGAAGCACAAGAAGAGUGUGAUCUUCUCAUUAAUACAUUCAGGAAGAAGAGAAAAAGGAAAGAGAAGGGAAGGGAUGAGAUCUUUAUUGAAGGUAUUAGGUCUACUGAAACUGCUAAGUUGACAGAGGGACAAGCAUUGACUGAGGGACAAGCAUUGACUGAGGGACAAGCAGACGAAUCACCCCUUCCAGUUUUGCCAGCAUCUGGAGAUUGCGGUCAACACUCAACGGCAUUAAACCAGAUAGAAGUUACUGAUGGGUGCCUAGAUUCUAACAAGCCUGAUUUUCAGCUUCCAAAGGAUGUUCUUUUGCCUAGACUUGUGUUAUGUCUUGCGCACAAUGGUAAAGUUGCAUGGGAUGUGAAAUGGCGGCCUUUAAAUGUUGAUUUCGAGUCUUCUGAAGAUAUGCAUCGCAUGGGCUAUCUUGCUGUAUUGCUUGGAAAUGGUUCCUUGGAAGUGUGGGAGGUUCCCUCUCCAAGUAAGAUCAAAGCUUUAUAUGCUUCUUACCAAACCGACAGUACUGAUCCUCGAUUUAUGAAACUUGCGCCAGUGUUCAAAUGCUCGGAGUUGAAAACUGGGGACAGGCAAAGCAUUCCCCUAACCUUGGAGUGGUCGCGUGCAUCCCCCCAUGAUUUAAUUGUAGCAGGCUGCCAUGAUGGAACUGUUGCUUUGUGGAAAUUCUCUCCAACUGGUUCCCCUCAAGAUACCCAACCUUUGCUACGCUUCAGUGCAGAUAAUGCCCCUAUAAGAUCCCUUGCUUGGGCUCCCUGUGGUAGUGAUGCAGAGAGUGUAAAUGUAAUUGCUACUGCUGGACAUGGCGGCCUAAGGUUUUGGGACUUACGUGAUCCAUAUCGCCCUCUAUGGGACCUAAACCCGAUGAGGAGAACCAUAUAUAGUGUGGAUUGGCUCCCAGAUCCGAGGUGUGUCAUUAUGUCCUUCGAUGAUGGUACACUAAGGAUUCUCAGCUUGUUGAAGUCUGCAAACGAUGUUCCUGUCACUGGGAAGCCUUAUGCAGGGACACAACAACAAGGACUGCAUAGUUUAUUCUGUUCAUCAUUUCCCGUCUGGAGUGUACAAGCCUCUAGACUGACAGGUAUCGUUGCAUAUUGCAGUGCGGAUGGUUAUGUUGUUCAUUUUCAGCUCACUGAAAAAGCGGUAGACAAAGAUCCUUCACGGAACAAGGCUCCACAUUUUCUUUGUGGGUCACUGACAGAUGAAGACGCAGCAGUGGCGGUCAAUACUCCAUUACCUGGCCUUCCUUUCCCUCUGAAAAAGUCUUUGAAUGAGUGGGGGGACACACCAAGAUCGACUCGUGGUUUUUCAUCAGAUUUCAACCAUGCAAAGAAAGCGAAAGAUCAGCCAACAUCAGAUGAUAGAAGACUUGUUUUACGGGAAGCCGACAAUACCUCGAAUUGCGCAUCCGAAUUGUUGGUGGAUUCUCAAAAGGGAAAAUCAAUUCCUAAAACCAAAGCUUCCAAAAAGAAAACAUCCGCUGCAGACCAAACUUUAGCAAUCAGAGAAGAGGCUGCAGAGAAUUCAGACAGAGGAGAAGAAAAUCAAAUGGAAGAAAAACAAAUGGAAAUUGAUGUUUUUCCUUCCAAGAUUGUAGCACUGCACGGAGUGAGAUGGAACAUGAACAAAGGGAGCGAAAGAUGGUUGUGUUACGGAGGAGCUGCUGGAAUUGUAAGGUGCCAAGAAGUUUCCACGAGUUUUCUCUAGGUGCUGUACAUAGCUAGCGUUUUGUAAACCAUACUCACCUAUUCAAUAAAAUUUAAUCGACAGUCUAAAA